AUGUCUUUGAGAAAGAGGAACAAAAAUAAUAAUAAUGUUAUUGCAGCAAGAGGUACAUCUUCAACGAUUGGCGAUGGUGUACUUUAUGAUGUGAAUAGAGACAAUGCUCAAAAGAGACAACGUAGACAUCUGCUGAGUAGGAUACUGCGGCAAUUGGGUCGAAUACUCACUUGUAGGUGCUUUGGACAUCAUUAUCAUGGAGGCGAAGGUACUGGAACAAGAUCAUUACAAGAACAAUACAAUACAGAACGACAGAAAGAAGAUAUAGAGUUACCUCAAUUAUAUAAUAAUCAUAAUCAUAAUCUUAAUAAUGGUAAUGGUAAUGGGAAUGUUGCAUAUAGUUAUGGACCGGCAACUGUUACCGGUCACUCAUUGGACAAUGGUAGUCAUCAGGCAGCGGCAUCAGAGUUGGUCAUACCAAUGGUCAAGGGUAUAAGAGUGGACAAGGAGAGAGCAGACCCCGAGACAUACUUGGACGAGUUGGAUCAUAUUACAACACUCUACGAGAAGGAGAAGCGGAUGUCUAACGGGCAUCCGUCAAACAAUCUGGCGUUGCAGUAUGCCAUCACGCUGUCGCACUCUGAGGAGCAUCGCAAUCGAGCAAAGUCGAUACCGAUACUGGUGGAGCUGGUCAAGAGCGACACGCACAACAAGAUGUACGUGCUCAACUUGGGCACGACAUACUUCAAGGAGGAACAAUAUGUCAAGGCGCUACAAUGUGCCGAGCGCAUACUUGCUGGAAACCCACUGGACUCGGACGCGCUGUCACUCAAGUAUCUGGCCAUGAACUCGAUACAAGCACAACAAAGAGAGGCUGACAAGAUGAAGAAGGAAGCAGUGGCCGCCAGUGGCGUCAAAGUUACCAAUGGUGGAGGCAGUGCAAGUGCCAUUGGCGAAGGACCGCCAUUACUUCGAAGCUCAAUCAGUCAAAUUAUCACAGAGGAUGAGAUGGCCAAGGAGAAGGAUGUGUUGGAUGACGAUGACGACGAGACGUCUUCAUCGUCGUCAUCACAUCAC